UGCUGGAGCUGCCCGUGCCCACAGGUUGCCCAGCAGCGGAGCCGUGAGGAUGAGGGGCUGGAUCCCACCCGCGCUCUGCCUGGCCGCGGCCCUGGCUGUGCUGCUCCCCACUGCCUGCGCCCGCCGGAGCCAGGACCUGCACUGCGGAGCGUGCCGGGCACUGGUGGAUGAGCUGGAGUGGGAGAUCGCCCAGGUUGACCCCAGGAAAACCAUCCAGAUGGGCUCCUUCCGGAUCAACCCCGACGGCAGCCAGUCAGUCGUGGAGGUGCCCUAUGCCAGGUCAGAGGCACAUCUGACGGAGCUGCUGGAGCGGGUGUGUGAGAAGAUGAAGGAAUACGGAGAAAAAGUGGAUCCAUCCACACACCGGAAGAGUUAUGUCCGGGUGAUCUCCCACGACGGGACCAAGAUGGACCUCUCCGGGGUCAAAAUCGAUGGAGACGUGGCUUCUAGCCUGAAAUUUGCGUGUGAGAGCAUCGCCGAGGAGUAUGAGGACGAACUCAUCGAAUUCCUUUCCCAUGAGGCCGACAAUGUCAAGGACCGGCUUUGCAGCAAGCGGACGGACCUGUGCGACCACGCACUCCACAUCCCACAUGACGAGCUGUGACGCAGACGGUCCCGGUGGCCUCGCGGGACCAGGACAGCACCGGGCUCUCUCUGGCCGUCCCCUACCUCUUGGUUCACCUCGUCCCCACUGACCCUGCUGGGAUGGGCAGACGUGCCGGGGAAGACCGUGGCUCCGGAGCCGGCACAGACGCUGCCUCACCCCCACUGGUGCUCUCAUCCUAUUUAUUCACUGUCCGUCCGCUGCAGCCACGGUGCCAGGGGCACCAGCACGCCGGCUCUGCUCCCUGACGGGGCAGCCACGGGGGCCGGGGCCACAUCCUCGCUCCUGCUGGGACGUUCCUGCGGGCACACUGCCAGCCCGGGUUCUUCCUCAGCCGCUGCCGGGGGACACAGCGGGGGAUACCGGGGCUCAGCC